AAUCCAACCAGGAGUCUCGCCAAUGACGGUGGGCACCUCCUGGCCCUUCAGCAGCAACGUAACAGUUUUUCCUCAACGGCGACGAUAGAUUCGACGAAAUUUUCAUCCCCGGGUCGUCAUUCGUUGCCACGAAAGAAGCAGCAACAGCAGCAGCAACAUUAUCUCUAUCAUCACCACCACCACCAUCAUCACCGUUACCAACAUCAGCAUUCCCACCGUAAUGGUCAGCAAUUGAACUCCGACAACAGUCAGAGUGGUGGAGAACAUUUUGAGUAUUUCGUGCCACGAAGCGUCAGCGAAUUUAAUUUAGCAGCUGCUGUCCAAGACACAGCGAUAACACCUCCGGUGACAAAAUCACCAGCGGCAACGUGUAACGCGACACCACCAAUCGCGGUGAAAACCCGUUGUGAAAAAGUUGUCACCUUCGAGGACGAAGCUCCGAUUCUCCUCACCGGCACAUCCUUCGCUGCUACACCGACGCGAAAAAAUUCUUCGACGCCGGUCAACACACUCGAGAACGUUUUUAUGUGACGUUCGAAUCGACCAGGCUGAUUAUAAUAAUAUUAUUAAAUAAUAGCGAUACACCUGUAACCGAUCGUAACGAUGGAAAUACCAAAAAUCUUUCGAAAUAUGAAUACGAUAAAACAGAAAAGGUAAAGAAAAAGAAAAAUCAAAAAAAGCAGCAACAACACGAGCAUUUGUCAAUAAUGGAUAUUAACACUCCACGUUAUUACUUAGUGUAUAUAUAUCAUAUAUUAUUAUAUACACCGCGCUAUGAUACUUUGUUAUCUAGAAGAAUUGAAUUAUUCGCGUAUUAUAUUUAAAAAUAACAGACAAAAGCGAGUUACAUGUAUUUACAAAUUAAUGUAACGGAGUAAUUUAAGAUGGGAAAAAAAAGAAGAAAAACAGAAUUUCUCUUUCUCCUUCCAAAGAGCAUUGGAAUAAUGUAGACGUUCCGGUGUUCUUGGGCGUCUAUAAUAAUUCUUUACGACGAGAUUUGUUACUCCAGGCCACACCGGCGAGUCGUGUUCCGAUAUUCGAUAGCAUUCCUGUUGUAAAUACAUCUUUAUUUAAUCAUACUCUUACGUCGUCUCUCGUCAUAAUCUCUCUACGUACGGAUUCAGAUAAACAAUCUCUACACUUUCAUAAUUAUUUAUUUUUCUUUGGUAGUCCCAAUCGAAAAUUCUCUAUAAAACGCACAACGUGAAUAAACCGAUUUCCAAAUUUGUAUCAAUACAAUAAAAUUCGCCUUUUCGUA